GAAAAGUCCUAUUUGGAAACUUUUACAUCCCUCCGUCUUUCUGAAUUGGUUUUUGUCUUUUCUCAUCAUCCUUGGAGAUUAGUCAAAAUUCUCUAUAGCUCCUCAGUUGUCCAUCACCAUCACUCUUUCAUUUCCUCAAGAUAGAUGUGUAUAGAAGCCCAUCAAAAGCAGAAUCACAGGAUAUGGUGCUUUUAUUUUCUUUCUGGAUACACUGUUUCUGAGUUCUGAAAACUGCCAGCUGCAGUUUUAGCUGGUUUCCAGUUCACUUUUGAGAAAUUCACCAAAUUAUUCAACAAGCAUACACUACUAAGUCUGAAAAGCCAUGGCAGAAGAUGAUAUUUAUACAAAAGAUGGGACUCUUGAUUACCGUGGAAAUCCAGCUAAAAAGAAAGAAACAGGCACCUGGAAAGCCUGCCCUUUUAUUUUGGGAAAUGAAUGUUGUGAAAGACUGGCAUAUUAUGGGAUGAGUACCAAUCUGGUGCUUUAUUUCAAGAACAGACUACAUCAGCACACUGCUACUGCCUCUAGAAAUAUCAAUAAUUGGAGUGGAACAUGCUACAUCACACCGUUGAUUGGUGCAUUUCUGGCUGAUUCCUAUCUUGGAAGAUAUUGGACUAUUGCCAGUUUCUCAAUCCUCUAUGUUAUUGGUAUGACACUUUUGACAUUGUCGGCAUCAGUCUCGGGCUUAAAGCCAACCUGUUCUGGAGAAGAAAAUUGCCGCGCAACAGAUACACAAAGUGCGGUUUGCUUCACAGCACUUUACCUAAUAGCAUUAGGCACUGGUGGGAUUAAGCCUUGUGUCUCAUCCUAUGGAGCAGAUCAGUUUGAUGAUGGUGAUGAAGUUGAGAAGAAGCACAAGGCUUCUUUCUUCAAUUGGUUUUACCUUUCAAUCAAUAUCGGUGCUCUUAUUGCUAGUUCUGCACUUGUAUAUAUACAAGACAAUGUGGGUUGGGGAUGGGGAUUUGGCAUUCCAGCAGUGGCCAUGGCAAUUGCUGUGGUGAGCUUCUUUUCAGGUACUCGGUUGUACAGGAACCAGACACCAGGAGGCAGCGCUCUAACACGAAUCUCUCAGGUGGUGGUCGCAUCGUUUAGAAAAUGGCAGGUUGUGGUACCUGCUGAUAAGUCACUUUUGUAUGAGACUGCAGAUGCAGAGUCUGCCAUCAAAGGAAGCCGAAAACUUGAGCAUACCGAAGAUUUUAAGUUCUUUGACAAAGCAGCAGUGGAGGUGGAAUCAGAUGAUAUAAAGAGCUCAAUAAACCCAUGGAGACUCUGCACGGUAACUCAAGUGGAGGAGCUAAAGGCUAUCGUACGGUUGCUUCCUAUUUGGGCCACUGGUAUAAUGUUUGCGACGGUCUACAGUCAAAUGGGCAGCUUAUUCGUAUUGCAAGGCUCAAUAAUGGAUAUUCGUGUUGGGAACUCCAGCUUCAAGAUCCCACCAGCAUCUCUUUCCAUCUUUGACACCCUUAGUGUCAUUUUUUGGGUACCAGUCUAUGACCGGAUCAUUGUCCCAGUUGCUAGAAAACUCACCGGACACAGAAAUGGCAUAACUCAACUCCAGAGGAUGGGCAUUGGCCUCUUCCUUUCCAUCUUCGCUAUGAUAUCUGCUGCAAUCUUGGAACUCAUUAGACUUAGAAUGGUGCGAAGGCACAAUUACUAUGAACUUGAGCACAUGCCCAUGUCUAUAUUCUGGCAAGUUCCUCAGUAUUUCAUCAUUGGUUGUGCGGAAGUAUUCACAUUCAUUGGACAGUUGGAGUUUUUCUAUGAACAAGCUCCUGAUGCCACAAGAAGCCUGUGCUCGGCUCUCUCACUCACUACGGUUGCACUAGGAAACUAUUUGAGUUCUCUGCUUGUGACCAUCAUUACAAAAGUAAGUACCAGGAAUGGGAAGCUUGGAUGGAUACCGGACAAUUUGAAUUAUGGUCACCUCCAUUAUUUCUUCUGGUUAUUGGCCAUCCUGAGUGCUCUGAACUUGGGAGUUUAUCUCUUGAUCUCAAAAUGGUAUACCUAUAAAAAACCUUUGGGGAAUCUCCGUUGAUGGCUAAAUGAAGUAAUUUAUUCACUGGAAGAUAAAGCAUUUACAAACAGGUAGUGGAAAGUGAGUGCUGUCACCAGCUCUGGAUAACUAAGACAAGGUGAGAGAAUCCAGCAUGCCUAUGGAGAAAGCAGAACAGACUAAAGCUUGCCAAAAUGGUUACUAGUCAAUGUUUAUAUACUUUUCAUAUUGUAUUAAAACUAAUAAGAAAGUUUUUAGUAACAGGUGUUGUAUUUAUAGACAAGCAAAUUGAAACCGAAGCUCAUUGGUAGAGGUAAAUUGCUGGUUGUUCUUUCUAAAUUGAAACAGUGUUUGAAACCA